CGCACAACACACAAACACACAAAAAGCGACUUUUUUUUUUUGCUUCUUCACCUGCAAACCAGCUUUGUUUAUUUUAUAUAUAAAAAAUAAUACUAAUGAUUGCGAUCACAAAACGUGGUCUCAGCCUACUGUUGUUGGGGUUAUUACAUGUGGUUGUACCUGCAACAGCCAUUUAUGAAUCACAGGCUGGAACUUUUGAUUGGCAUCAUACUUGGGUCGGUCAUCCUCAUGAAGCUGUUAAAAUUGAUAAUGACCAUAUUGCUGUAUAUACCGAAAAGAACAUUAUUGCUUCCCUUAAUACCCAUUCGGGUGCAGUUGAAUGGAGACAAAUACUUGAAAACGAAUUGGAUCAUUUUGUAGCUACUGAUGCCGGAAUUUUAACCGUUUCUAGUUUACCUGAACGCGCUCAAUUCUGGAAUCAAACCAACGGUCAAUUAAUUUGGGAAUACACCUUAUCCGAAUCCGAGAUUUUCGGUGCAGCCAAACCCAUCGCAUGGAAUAAUGGAGAGUCUGUUGUAUCUAUCGGUAACACUAAACUUGUUAAAUUGUCAAAGGAAGGAGAGGAGCUUUGGAGCUGGACUAGAGAAUCUACGGGAGACUCAAUGAAUGAAAGUAUUCAAGUACUUCAAAGAGGAAACGAUAUCUACGUUGUUGUGGAACCUAUCGAGGAUUCAAAAUCACCUGUUUUCGCUGUCAAUAUCCUUGAUAGUGCCACGGGUGAAACCACCAAGACAGUUCAAAUCCCUUGUCAUACUAAUUACGAUCAUGUCGCCUAUGUUGGAAACUAUAUCUUUUGGACAGAAGCAAACUUACUUAAAUGGUCUUCUAUUGAUAAGAAGGACGUCAAGAGCAUUUUAUUAAAGACUCUUGUAGAUUCACUUCCAACUGCCGAUAAAUUUGAUCCCACACAAAUUAAUAUUCUAGGUGAUAGUGAUGAUGCCAAUACCAAAUCCUUUAUUCUCUCUGCUCAAUUUGAAACAGAUGAAGGAUCCGAAGUUGCAUCUGUUCUUGUCAAUAUUGAAGAAAAGGCUCUUGUCUUAAGUACGUAUUUUGGUUCUCAAACUACUUUUGGCGGUCUUGAUUUCUAUGAAUCUUCCUUGAUUCGUUCCGUUCGAUCUUCAUCCAAUGAAUUCACUACCUCUAUUUUACCCCAAGGAAAAGAUAUUACCAUUCAACAAGAUUUCUCGUUAUCUGGUGAAAUCAACUAUGUAAAAUUAAUUAAUCUUGAACCUUUGGCUCUUUUUGUCGUGACCGAAGGUUCUUCUGUCUUGUUCUAUAACGAAUCCGGUCUCGUCUGGUCUCGUGAAGAAUCCUUGAGCAAUAUCGCCGCUACUGAAUUUUUAGAACUUCCUGAACCUAAAAUGUGGACCCAAAUGGUAGAUGAAUUAGAUGAAACCGUGAGUGAACAAGCAAAUGAGAACCCUCUCUCUCGUUACAUCCGUCGUCUUACAACCCAUGUUCUUGAGACCCGCAAGUUCCCCGGUUGGAUCAUUUCUCAUAUCAUUGGCAUGUCUGGAUCUACACUCAAGGAUGAAGAAAAUGCGGUUUCCACUUUGGAAGCUCAAUCUUGUUGGUUGAACCAAUCCAAGCCUGAAAUGUUGUACCGUGAUAAUUUCGGUUUACGUAAACUUUUGAUUUCUGCUACAAAGAGUGGAAAGAUUGUUGCUCAAGAUACUUCUCGUAAUGGUAAGAUUAUCUGGAGUCGUUAUGUGGAUUCGUUCUCUUUCACCAAUGUCUACGUCGUUCGUGCUGCUGCUGUCAAAUUACCUCCUGUCAUUGUUGCUAUUGGUGAUACCUACGAUGAUGUCGGAGGACAAGCAACUGGUUUCCUUCGUAUCAAUGCAUUAACCGGUGAAAAUUAUGUCUCUACCUCACCCGAAUCUCUUGAAUUCUUUGAACCUGUGGUCGCUACUAAUAUCGGUACAGAUAAAAUCAUGCGUUUACCUAUUGAAGACCCCGAAGAACGUACCCACAUGUUGGCUAUUUAUGAAGCCGGUAGUGGUCGCGUUUAUAUCUACCCUGAUUCCUUUGCCGCCCGUGAAAAAUUCGCUGCUGAAUUCCUUCCCAACUUUUAUUUCUCGCAUCAAAACAAGCAUGGUAAUUUACAAGGCUUUAAAGUAGUCGAGGGCUACAGAGGCAGUCUCAAGGUCUUACCUGUGUGGGAAUUCAAAUUGCCUGAAGGUGAAAAUGCACUUACAAUGAGUAAACCUCAAGCAAAUGAAAAGGUAGCAUCCAUUGGUCGUGCACUUGGUAACCGUAAUGUGCUUUACAAGUAUUUGAACCCUCACAUGUUUGCUUUGAUUACACGUGGAUCUGCCAAGGGUGUCAUGAAGGUGCGUAUCAUGGAUUCUGUCAAGGGAUCUAUCUUGUACGAAACUGUACACACACAAGUGGAUACAGAGACAAAUGAAGUUCAUGUCAUUCAAUCCGAGAAUUGGUUUAUCUAUCAUUUCUGGAGCAACAGUGCUCAACCCAUGGGUUAUCAAACUGUUGUCUUGGAACUUUUCGAAGGUGAAAAUGAGAAUGAGCGCGUCAAGAGUUCCAACUUUUCUUCUUUUGAUAAUAUUCAACCUCAUGUUCUCUCUUCAGCGUUUGCUUUCCCUUACCCCGUUACCACAAUGGGUGUCACUGAAACUAGAAAUGGUAUCUCUACCAAGAACAUUCUUUUCGGAUUACCCACUCAUCAAAUUAUGGGUGUGAACAAGCGUAUGUUUGAUCCUCGUCGUCCUAAAGAGAAGCCUAGCAAAGAGGAUCAAGAAGAGAUGUUAAUUCCUUACGGUCCUAUUCCCGAUGAGAAACGUUUAUUCUUGACCUAUGGAUUAGAUGUUGCUGGUGUCAAGUCAAUUAUUUCCAGCCCGUCCUUGUUAGAAUCCACAGCCCUUGUGUUUGCAUCGGGUCUUGAUACUUUCUUUACAAGAUCGUCACCUAGUAAACAAUUCGACGUGCUUUCAGAAGACUUUUCCAAGGCCCAAUUGUUAUUAACCAUUACUGGUUUGAUUGUUGGUAUUUGGGUGACUGGUCCUAUUGUCCGUAGAAAGCGUGUGAAUGCUUUAUGGAAAUAAAGUAGUAGUAGUAGCAGAGAGAGAGAGAGAAAGAAGAAGAAAAAAAAUGUAACAAGUAGCAGAAAUUAAUAAAACAAUUAUAUACACAUUACUAUUAUAAAAA